AUGGAAAGCAAAGAUGCUCGCUUGUUUCGCCGGUUUGAUGGCUGCAGAUUUCUUGUUGCAUUUCCCUGCAGCAUUCCUAUAGCCGAGAUGGUACCACCCUUUGUUGUGUUGGACGGCUUGAAUUCUGCAAGCAACGUGGGGCAAGUGCUGCGCACUGCAUAUCAUUUGGGCAUCAACUCUGUCAUUGUGUCGCCUGGAGCAUGGAGCUGCCUGAACGGCCGCGCUUGCAGAGUAUCAAUGGGCUGGUUCUAUCGAAUGAGUUUCCAUGUUGCGCGGCCUUUGUCCAAGGCAAUCCAAGAGUUGAAGCAACUUGGAGUUUGCCUCUAUGUUGCUGAAAAUCAAUUCUCGCAGCCAGUUGCUCCUCAUCAGCCCCACGGAGAUCGGAAAUGGGCAUUGGUUAUUGGCAGUGAAUUUUCUGGCGUAUCAGAAGAGAUUGUGCAAGAGUGCGACCAAAGAGUCUGCGUUCCGCAGCAACAGGGACAUUCCCUAAACGUUGCACAUGCCUGCUCCAUUUGUUUGUAUGAGCUAUCCAAAUUCAAUGUCAUGGAGUGGCCUGCCUUCCAUCUUCUAUUGGAGCUCGGUGCAAACCCAGAAGUCUGCGAACCGUGCGAAGGGCAAACUGCACUCAUCAUGGCAGCAAGUCAAGGAAAUGCCAAAGCAGUUUCCAGCCUCAUCGAAUGCAGAGCCAGGAUGGAAACCCGCUGCAACAAAGGGCUAACAGCCCUGAUUGCCGCAGCGCGUCAGCAAAGCUGGAUGGUUGUGCGCCGGCUUGCUGAAGCUCGUGCCAAUCUUGAUGCUGUGGAAUCUUCAGAUGCUAAACAGUCGCCCAAACCCGUGAUUGUUCGUUUGGCAGAGACAUCGCAGUGGGAUACUCUGAUUCAUCUCGCUCGACAUGGUGCAAACUUGGAGGUACGGGGCCAGGCAGGAAGAACUGUCCUGAUGUAUGCGGCAGAGCGUGGCCUGGACGAUGUGGCUUGGUGGCUACUGCAAUGCAGAGCGGACCCAAAUGCUGAAGAUGAACGAGGGGAGACUGCUCUUCUGAAAGCUUGCAAUCGGCAGUUUGAAGGCUUCAUGCGAGUGCUGUGGGAAGGGGGUGCUGGUGUUGAGAUACCAGUGCAGAAAUCCAGAAUACCUGCGAUGGCAAGGUUGCUGCAGAAAUGGAAUGGUCAUGAAGAUGAGUAG